AAAGGCCCAAAAGGCAAGCCACAUAUCUCUCUGUCUCUCUGUCUGUCUCCCUCGUCUAGCUCUCACACUCACUGAAACAUGCAGCGACAGUCUCUGGGCUCCCCAGUCUCGAAGCUCCACAGCCAUGGCGCUUCCUCCGCACUAUCUUCAUCAGCCAAAGACGACGCCCUCAUCGUAGAUGACUCCUCCUCCUCCUCCUCCUCUUCCGCCUCCAAGCGGAGAGACUCCUUCCUCUCGUCCGCUUCGCUCCUCCCUCGCUGCGAUGAAGACAAGUCCUCCAGACCUCACCGCCUAUCGCUCGCCACCUCCUCAUCCUCUUCAUCUUCCUCUUCUUCUGCUCUGUCGCCUCGUAAACGGGAGAAGCUCAUCCACCUCAUACCGCUCCUCACUCUCGUCUGCUUCCUCGUCCUCUACCUCUGCUCUCACAGUCCCUCUCAGACCGAUCUGGCUCAGUUCAGUGGGUUCAAGCAGCCGGCGAAGCAAAUAGUUACUGCCGACAUUGACGAGAUCGGCCGGUUCAGCGAGGCUCGCAGGGGCGACGCACUAGCGAUUCGGAGCCUGAGGAGCUUGCGAGAGCAGAAACCUCGCGUCGUUCACCGGAAAUUCGCCGAUUUCUAGGGCCCCCGGUCCUCCCAGCAUCGUCGUUCUCCUUCUCCGGUUCCGUUCUCGGCUCCAUCAUCAGCAUCAUCAUCAUCAUCAUUAUCUAUUUUUCCAUGUUUAUACGAUAAAUCUCGCCGUGAUUCUCUAUAUGUUUGUUCGUACGCCAGGAUUUAUUACUGCCUUCCAUUUUUGUACAUUCAAUUUCCAUUUCAAUGUUCAUCAGCCACCGCUCCUUAUUGAGUUCUCUGAA